CCUCGUCUCCCCUGAAGUGUCCGUCCAUCCCCAGUCAAGUUCGCCGCGCGCAACACUCGCAGCAGAGCAUCCACCCAUCGUCGAUGCUCACCGCCGCCAUGCACAUGCUCGACUCCUCCACCUCCUCCUCCCCUUGGCUUCCUCCCGACCUCAUGCCUCCCCCGCCGCCGCCGCCGCCCGCCGCCGCCACUCUCCACCACCACUUCCGCGCCGCCGCCGCCGCCCCCGGCCGCCGCCGCAUCGCCAAGCGCCGACCGCGCCCGUCGCGGCGCCUUCCCACCACCUACAUCAGCGCCGACCCGGCAAACUUCCGCCGCAUGGUGCACCAGGUCACCGGCGCCGACGACCUCCCUCCCCCUCCUCCAUCGCUCUCUCUACAGCAGACGACGGAGCUCCUCCUCCCGGCCGUGCACGCCGCUCCAGCGGGCUCGCCCGGCGCUGCAGGCGCGCUGAUGCUUCCCACGCUCGACACCUCGGCGUUCCUGCUCGGCCGCCGCGCGGAGCCGGCGGCCGCGGCGCCGCCGUGCGACGAGUCGGUGGCGUUGGUAAGAGGAGGAGCGGGUAAUUACGGCAGCAACAACAAUAGCAUUAGCAGCAGUAGCAGCAGCGGCAACUGUGGUGGUGGCUUCCCCACCUUGGACUCAUGGGAUCUCCUGUAAAUCUAGAUCAUAUAUUGUCGAUUUCUAUCGAUUUCUGAUUCUUCAUGGCUGUAAUUAACUAAGACGAGAUCAAUGAACAGGUUGGAGCAUCUAUCUACCUGAUUCUCUGUUCGUGUCCUUGUUAAUUUUAAGCUUAUGCCUCGUAUACACAUGGAUGAUUUUUUUUA